AACCGGGUUUACAAUAGCUGUCGUCGAUUUCCAUUUAUAGCUUGGAGGGCAAGUCAUCGGCCAUCGCCACUGGCCAACCCCUAGGUUCGGAACUACCUUCAGUCAACCGUGGGUCCCUUCUCCGAACCCAAUUUAACUGCAGACGACGCUUCCCGAGCCUCAGGUUCGGAAAAAGCCGAACCAUAAUUAUGGGUUUUCCCGCUCAUUCACACACACACACACAGUCUUACUUAGUCGAGUGGAGAAAAGAGGGAAAGUAUCAGACACUCUUCUUCUUCUUCGCACCUUCAAAUGCGCUCUGCCUUUUCUUAUUCAUGGCUAGGGCUUGGAUUAUCGAUAGUCGGGGUCUUGCGAAAAAGGUGAAGAAUGCCGGUAUUUCGACCGCGAAUCAAAUCAAUGAUUGUGGAGCAAAUUGGCAAUGUCCCAACUGCCAAUAUCUCAUCGAUAAUAGUGAUACUUCUCAUGAGUGGCCUGGCCUUCCUGCUGGUGUAAAAUUUGAUCCGUCCGAUGUUGAGCUGUUAGAACAUUUGGCUGCAAAAUGUGGGGUUGGAUUUGAAGGGCCUCACAUGUUUAUCGACGAAUUCAUCCCAACGUUAGAAGGUGACGAAGGGAUAUGUUACACUCAUCCAGAAAAUCUUCCUGGAGCGAAAAAAGAUGGAACGAGUUUCCAUUUCUUUUACAGAAUAGUGAACGCAUAUGCUAGUGGCCAACGAAAACGAAGGAGGAUCGAAGAUCAAGAAAGAACUAUAAAGGCUGCACAUGUUCGUUGGCACAAAACGGGAAAAACCAAAUCCGUGAAGGAAAACGGAGUUCAAAAGGGUUUCAAGAAAAUCAUGGUUUUAUAUGCAGGUUCAAAGACGGGAUCCAAACCCGGUAAAUGUAAUUGGGUCAUGCAUCAGUACCAUCUUGGAUCCGAUGAAGAUGAGAGAGAAGGAGAAUACGUUGUUUCGAAAAUCUUUUAUCAACCUCAGAUAGAGAGGGACCAAAAAAACGAAGCUUCUUUGAAAAUCGAAGAAGAGUGUAAAAAUAAUAUAAUAUAGUGAAAGUUGAAGUGAUUCCGAGAACUCCCAAGACAAAUACUCCGGAUCCUCCUCGAUCGGAGAAAACCCCCGUUUCUGAUUGCUUCUCCGAUGAUUAUCUGACGGAAUUACUUGCUCAGGAUGAAAUGGAAGCUGUUGAUUUAAGUGGAGGGGAGUCUCUAUUGUGCAACGAGAUAAUCGGUUCUUACGGCGCGUUCGAUGAUUUAAGACCAAACUACCCCCAAGUUGGUGGCGAUUUUACGUGUGGAAUUGCCGACCUUGAGAACAUAGAACUCGACACUCCACCGGAUUUCCAGCUUAAUGAUUUGCAGUUUGCUUCUCAAGACAGCGUCUUUGAUUGGUUGGAUCGGUUAUAGAAGACGAUAAUGAAAUGACACGAUUCGUGCCUUUCCCGAGUUCCCGAUCAGAUUUCUUACUACAUUCAAGAAACCAUCUAACAUGAAAAAAUAAAAUCAAAAAUUAAAAAAAGAAAAAGAAAAAGAAAAGAGUGAAAUUGUAGUUGGAGAAGUUAAGGUUGGACAUAUGUUACUACUAUUAGAGCAGUUUCUUUUUGUGGGCUCUGAUUUUGUUGUACUCCUAAAUCCUUAAAAUUUGUAUUAUUGUGCUAUGUACUAACUUGUAUUGUAUGAUUCUCUAUCUUCUUGAUUAUGUUUUAUGUUAAUAUUUGUGGAUGUUUCAUUUUUA